UAUUCUAUUCUUGUAUACAUAAUCUGAAGCCACAUUGGAUCUGAAAUAUGAAUUGCAUGCUACUUUAAACUAGUAUAUAUAGGCUGCUUCCUACAUCCAUGCCCAAUAACAAACUCUAUCUCCAGAGUUAUCUUAUACAAUCUCAGGGGGCUUCUUCACCUUCUCGAUCUCCGGCCGUUUCUGAUCCCUCCUCCAAUGGCAAGAACUUCAGAACCUCUGAUUGUCGGGAGAGUGAUAGGAGAUGUUCUUGAUUCUUUCACACCAACCAUAAAAAUGUCUGUCACUUUCAACAACAAGCAAGUCUGCAACGGGCAUGAGCUCUAUCCUUCCUCAGUAACCACCAAACCUAGGGUUGAGAUUCAAGGAGCUGACAUGAGAUCUUUUUUCACUCUGCUCAUGACUGACCCAGAUGUUCCUGGCCCUAGUGAUCCUUAUUUAAGGGAGCACCUGCACUGGAUAGUCACAGACAUCCCGGGCACAACAGAUGCCACAUUUGGAAGGGAGGUUGUGAGCUAUGAGAUUCCAAGGCCAAAUAUAGGGAUCCACAGGUUUGUGUUUGUUCUGUUCAAGCAGAAACGAAGGCAAUCAGUGAACCCACCUUCUUCCAGGGAUCACUUCAGCACCCGAAGUUUCACAGCCGAAAACGAUCUCGGCCUCCCAGUUGCUGCUGUUUAUUUCAAUGCACAGAGAGAAACAGCUGCAAGAAGACGCUAAUAAUUAAGUGAAGCCCCCAAAAAAACUCCAUGUUAUUAGUGCAAUCUAUUAGAAUAAAAAAGUGGAGCUCUGAUCAU